AUGCCUCUCUUUAUCUUUCUUUCUUAUUUCUUUCCUUUUUUUAUCUUUUGUCCCAUUCUCCCAAGAUAUUUUAUUCCUUCUUCUAUUCUUCAUUCUUCAUAUAUUUUCUAUUUUUCUCCUUUCUCUUUCUUCUUUCUUGCUUACUUUCAUUUUUUUCUGGCUCGACUGUAUUUCUUCCGACACAAUUUUUUUUUUCUUCUCUUCCUUCUACUUUUGUUCACUUCUUGUGCUUUCAUUAUCUCCUUAUUUUUCUUGUUCCCGUUUGCCGGAAUCUUCGCUGCUUUUAAUUCAAAACUUCGUUCUCCAUUACCCUUCUGUAUAAUCCUUCUUUCCCGCCAUUCUUCCUGUCUCUAUUUCAGCCAUUUCUUUUCCUCCAUUUUUCACUUAAGUUAUUCUUUUUCUUCAUUAAUUAUUCCUUUUUUUUUUUCUACGGCUGUAUUUCUUAAUCAUCAUUUUCUUGUACUUAGAUUCCAUGUUCCUUUUCUUGCUUUCCUUCCUCCUUUAACUUCUUUUCUAUCGUCAAGCUACUCGCUUUAUUUCUUCUCAUUGUACCACGUUUAUUUUGUUCUUCAUACAAUUCUUGUUUCCGCCUUUUACAUGAAUUUCUUUAAAUAA